GCGACCUGUCUCCGGCCCCACAAUGCUCAGUUGUAAACACGGCUCUCAUGCGGCCGCCCUUUACACACACUCUCCAGUCAUCCUCAUAUUGCCUCACAACUCCUCUUGAGACCUGCUGAUCACUAUGUUUAAGAAGUUUGAUGAGAAGGAAUCUGUGUCUGGUACUCAACAGCUGAAGUCUUCUGUUCAGAAGGGAAUCCGAAACAAAUUAAUAGAAUCCUAUCCAUCGCUUGGAGACAACUUAGAAAAGAUUUUGCCCAAGAAAGAUGCUUUUAGGAUUGUUAAAUGUCAUGAACACGUUGAAUUGCUUGUGAGAAGUGAUGGGGAAUUGCUUUUCUUUAGACAAAGAGACGGACCAUGGAUGCCUACUCUGAGACUCUUGCAUAAAUAUCCCUUCAUGCUUCCAUGGAUGCAAGUUGAUAAGGGUGCUAUUCGCUUCAUUCUCAGUGGUGCCAAUAUAAUGUGUCCAGGACUGACUUCUCCUGGUGCUAAGAUGUCAAAAGUAGAACAGAAUACAGUAGUAGCUGUGAUGGCAGAAGGCAAACAGCAUGCUCUUUGUGUUGGCAUUGCCUCUUUAUCUGCAGAAGAUAUUGCCAAGACUAAUAAAGGCGUAGGUAUUGAGAACUGCCAUUAUCUUAAUGAUGGACUCUGGUACAUGAAACCCGUCAAGUAAUUACUGUGAAAUUUAGGGUAUUGUACAAUUACCGAGAAUGCCAUCAUUUUUUUUUUUUUUAAACUUUUAUUUGACAUGUAUUGCAUAAAGUUGAUGAAAACA